AUGAGACCCGCCAUCCAACUGCUCUCAGCCCUGGCCCUUGCCACCACCGCCGCCAUAGCUGGAGACAGCUUGGGCAACAGCUAUGCUGGUGCACCCACCGAUGGCAUUUCAGUAUACGCAGAGAAUGUUUCGCAGUGUGGUACCGCCAACAUCUCAUGGACCGGUGCCAACCCUCCCGUGACACUCGAGAUCGCCGAAGGCGGCUACUACAUCGGCCGCACCUCUGUCGCCAACCUCACCACUGGAAGGAACGACUACUCUACCGAAUGGCUCGUCGACGUCGCCGCUGGGCAGAGCCUCAUCUUUCAGGUCGUCGAUGCGGACGGCAAGACCGGCUACGUCCAAAACAUCAACGUAAGGGACAGCGAUGAUGAUUCGUGUGUCAAGUUUGGAGCAGCAAACAGUUCGAGUAGCGCGGCGGGUAAUGGGACGAGCAAUGGUACGACUGAGAGCUCAGGGACGAGCGGGAAUGACAGUGCCACUGCUGUCGAUUCUGCCAGUACUGCCUCCAGCAGCUCCACUUCCUCCGACUCUGAAUCAACCACUAGCCCAUCGGCCAUCGAAGGCUCGCCUUCGUCGGUCUCUUCAGAGUCCCUCUCGACUGUUGCAUCCACAAGCGCUUCAGCCGAUGCCAACUCCAGCUCCCCCUCGUCUGCAUCUGCCCAAGCUGCAGGCUCUUCAUCCAGCAGUAGCUCAUAUGGGGGCGUCGUCGCCGUCAACGAUUCAUCCAGCACCAACUCUGGCUCUUCUUCAUCCACCUCGUCCACUUCAAGCUCAUCUUCGGCUUCUCGUGUGGCUAUCGGGGGCUGGUCGGUUGUGGGCGCCGUGUUGAGCGCUGUCGUCUUUCUCUGA